CCCUGUAUCAGCAGCUCGGGCUGCAGCGCUCCGGGACCGUGGCUUUCUCCGGGGGCUGGAACCAGCCCCUGGGGCAGCCCCGGGCUCUGCCGACACCAGCUCUUGAGCCGCAAACUCCAGGAUUUCUGAUUCUCAAAACCCAGCGUGGUCUCCAGAUGGAACAAGGGGAAGAGCUGUGGGUCCCAAAUCUCCAGGGUGCUGAGGAAACGGAGAGUCCAAGAGGCUCAUGGGCAGGGUUUCAGUUUCCUAAACUUCAGAGGAUCCCUUGGAUGGAGCAAGAGGAAAAGCCAUGUGUCCUGGAUCUCCAGGUCUCCUCGGAAGAGGAGAUCCCAAGUGAUGCUAGCACAGCAGGUGACGGGAUGGUGAGCGAGAACGAGGAGGAGAACCUUCAGCAGAAAAGUCCCGAGCCAGUGGAACUGCACAGGUCGGUAGCAGGAGAAUGUGAAGGGAACGUUUCCCAAAGCCCUGACGAGGGAGAGGCCUGUGAGAGUGAGGACAGGUCAGAAGAGCAGCAGGUGGAGAAACUAGCUGUGCCCAGUCCCUGGGAGUGCAGCUACCAAGAGCUUGGAGAUGCCCAGCAGGCCCUGCAGGUGGGUGGGAAGCAGAACAUCUGUGCCGAAUGCGGGAAGCACUUCUCCCGGCGCUCGCACCUCAUCAUCCACCAGCGCAUCCACACAGGUGAGAAGCCCUACCAGUGCUCCGAGUGCGGGCGCCGCUUCAGCCAGAGCUCCACAUUGAUCAGCCAUCAGCGCACCCACACAGGCGAGAAGCCCUACACCUGCCCCGACUGCGGGAGGAGCUUCAGCCAGAGCUCCACGCUGCUGACCCACCACCGGCUGCACACUGGGGAGACGCCCUACAAGUGCCUGGACUGCGGGAGGAGCUUCAGCCAGAACUCCACCUUCAUCAUCCACCAGCGCACCCACACCGGCGAGAAGCCCUACACCUGCCCCGACUGUGGCAAGAGCUUCAGCGUCAGCUCCUACCUCAUCACACACAACCGUAUCCACCGCGGCGAACGCCCCUACAAGUGCCCUGCCUGUGGGAAGGGCUUCAUCGACAGCUCCACCUUCGUGCGGCACCAGCGCACCCACACAGCAGAGAAGCCCUACCGCUGUGCCGACUGUGGCAAGAGCUUCAGCCUCAGCUCCUACCUUGUGAAGCACCGCACCCUGCACACGGGUGAGCGACCCUACAAGUGCACCGAGUGCGGCAAGCGCUUCGGCGAGAGCUCGGACCUGUUGCGGCACCACCGCACCCACACUGGCGACAGGCCCUUCCAGUGUGCCCAGUGUGGGAAGAGCUUCGGGGAGAGCUCCACGCUCACCCGUCACCAGAGGACCCACCUGGGCAAGGAUAUCUCUGAAUGUGAGAAAACCUUUUCUUGGAGGUCAGAGCUGCUAAUCCACCAGAGACUGCAUACGGGAGAGAAACCCUACAAAUGCCUCGACUGUGGGAAAAGUUUCACACGAAGCUCAAACCGUAAUGCUCAUCAGAGGAUCCACACAGGAGAUAAGCCCUAUAAAUGCACUGAGUGUGGGAAAAGCUUCAGCCAAAGCUCACACCUGGUGAAACAUCAGCGGCUGCACGUGGGAGAGAAGCCCUACAAGUGUACGAAAUGUGGAAAAAGCUUCAGCUGGAGCUCAGACCUUAUUGUUCACCAGAGAAUCCACACAGGAGAGAGACCCUAUAAAUGCCUCGACUGUGGGAAAAGCUUCAAUCGGAGCUCGAACCUUAACACGCAUCAGAGAGCCCACAUGGGAGAGGGCCCCUACAAUUGCACCGAGUGUGGGAAAAGCUUCAGUUACUGCUCCUCCUUCAUUAGACACCAGAGAACCCACACAGGAGAGAAACCCUACAAAUGCACCGAGUGUGGGAAAACCUUCUUCGAGAGUUCGGCCCUUAUCAGGCACCAGAGGAGCCACACUGGAGAGAUGCCCUACAAAUGCACCGAGUGUGGGAAAAGCUUCUUCGAGAGCUCAUCUCUUAUCAAGCACCAGAGGAUCCACACCGGAGAGAAGCCCUACAAAUGCCCUGACUGCGGGAAGAGCUUCAAGCAGAGUUCAUCCCUCAUCAAUCAUCUGAGGACCCACACCGGAGAGAAACCUUACAAAUGCACCGACUGUGGGAAAAGCUUCACCGUGAGCUCCGCUCUGAUUAGACAUCAGAGGAUCCACCUAACAUAUGCAGGGGAGAGGCCCAACAUCUGCAUCGAGUGUGGGAAAAGCUUCACCCAGAGCUCAGACCUUACGAAUCAUCGGAGAAUCCACACUGGGGAGAAACCUUAUAAAUGCAUCGACUGCGGGAAAAGCUUCAGCAUCAAUUCAAACCUUAUCCGUCACCAGAGAACCCACACUGGGGAGAGACUCCACAGCUGCUCUGACUGUGGGAAAAGCUUCACAGACAAGUCGACCCAGACCCAGCACCAGUGCGUCCACAUGGGUGAGAAGCCCUAUAAAUGCAUCGACUGUGGGAAGAGCUUCAGCCGCAGCUCCCAUCACAAGAGGCGCCUGAGGAGCCCUCCAGGGAAGAAGCAGGACAAAUGCACCCAGCGGGACAGCGCUGCCAUUGGGAAGGUUAAAAAAACUAAAACAUCAAAGAAGAAAACCUCGACCAUUGAGAUCCCCAUCACAUGUGCCGAGUGCUGGCAAAGCUUCAGCCAGAACUCGGACCUGGUCAAGCACAUGAGGAUCCACACAGGAGAGAAACCCUAUGAGUGCACUCACUGUGGGAAAUGCUUCAAUGUCAGUUCAAACCUGAUCAGACACCAGAGGAUCCACACGGGAGAGAAACCCUACACAUGCUCUGACUGUGGGAAAAGCUUCACUGACAAAUCUACCCUGACCCAGCACCACCGGAUCCACACGGGAGAGAAGCCCUAUGAGUGCAUUUACUGUGGGAAAAGCUUCAGCCGCAGCUCCCACCACAAGAGGCAUCAGAGAACCCACACAGGAGAGAACCCUGUGUCCUUCCUGCCUUUAUGGCCCUACCCAACUCAAGCAUGUUAGGGGUUUGGGGAGGGAAGGAAAGUCCAUCAUAGCAGCAGGAGGCAGUAGCUAGAGGAGAUUGGAGCUGCGUGCUUGUGGGAUCUGCUUUCUGGGGGUUAGUGGGAUGGUGAGUAGUGGGAGGGAACUGGUAAGGCUUUUUAGCAGGGAUUGUUAGGGGAGGGUGCUGGUUCUUGGGAGAAUUGGUUGUUUUAGUGGUUGGGACUAGGGCUGGUCAGUGACGGGUUGGUGUUGGGAGGGCGAGUAGCUGGUAGGAUAAGGGGUGUGUGUGUGUCUUGUUAAAUUUUUACUAUUGGCCUGUGUAGAAUGGAUUGUAGGUUUCUUGCCAUUUCCAGGUAGGAUGAGUGUCUACGCCCCUGAGAACAGCAGUGGGACUAACCCAGACUGGGCUCACUAUGGCAGAGGCCACGGGGACUGAAUGGGGUGCUAGAAGUGGCUCUUCCAGGCGAGGACUGCGGCACAGCUUUCACGCUGUGUGUACCAAGGGCCUCUCUCCAGCAGCAGCACAUUCACAUCUCUUUUAAACUAGUUUCGGUCAAAGGCAAAUGAGGCCAGCUCCCACUCUGGUGUUAGGAGAGUCUCAUUUCUACCUUAAACAGCCUGCUCAGUUACUACCGUUCCGUUCCUUUCUCUUCUGGAGUAGAUAUGGCUGUGCUAGCCCAGCAGUCGUACAUGGGGACUCUGUAUGCGCUGUAGAACAAAUAGCGAUUAACAAAAUGUUUAAACCAAAAAUCAUUUCCA